UGUUUGUGUGGUGUGCAGAAGGGCGCUCCGCCCGUAGGUGGUCGGCGGGAGAACGCGGGCGCAGAGUGCACUGCCGCGCGCGCUUUCCCUACCACACACACCCGCCCAUUCACUGUUAGCAGUAGGCAGUUCACUCGGGGGGAGUUCGAUAGACAAUGUCCGAGGACUUGGACUCGAUCAGCGAGGAAGAACGUAGCUUGUUCCGACCCUUCACCCGAGAGUCAUUGGCUGCUAUCGAAGCCCGCAUAGCUGAGGAGAAUGCCAAGCAAAAAGAACUCGAGAAAAAACGAGCGGAAGGCGAGACCGAUUUGGGGCGGACGAAAAAGAAAAAAGAAGUGCGUUACGAUGACGAAGACGAGGACGAGGGCCCGCAGCCGGACGCCACGCUCGAGCAGGGCUUGCCACUGCCAGUUCGGAUGCAGGGCUCCUUUCCUCUGGAACUCGCGUCCACACCCCUCGAGGAUAUCGAUCCUUUUUAUCACAACCAAACCACAUUCGUAGUCAUAAGCAAGGGUAAAGAUAUCUUCAGAUUUUCGGCGACUGAUGCCUUAUGGAUAUUGAAUCCAUUCAAUCCUAUAAGAAGAGUGGCAAUAUAUAUAUUAGUACAUCCUCUGUUCUCUCUGUUCAUUAUAACUACCAUCCUUGUGAACUGUAUACUUAUGAUAAUGCCUACCACACCAACAGUCGAGAGUACUGAAGUUAUCUUUACCGGCAUCUACACCUUUGAGUCGGCGGUGAAAGUAAUGGCCAGGGGUUUCAUACUACAGCCAUUCACAUACCUUAGAGAUGCAUGGAAUUGGCUUGACUUCGUAGUUAUAGCUUUAGCUUAUGUGACGAUGGGCAUAGAUCUCGGCAACUUGGCCGCUCUAAGAACAUUCAGAGUUCUCCGAGCUUUGAAGACUGUGGCCAUCGUACCGGGCUUGAAGACGAUCGUCGGUGCCGUCAUAGAGUCAGUGAAAAAUCUCCGAGAUGUGAUCAUAUUGACGAUGUUUUCACUGUCUGUGUUCGCAUUGAUGGGCCUGCAAAUUUACAUGGGUGUACUGACGCAAAAAUGUGUAAAAGUCUUCCCAGAGGACGGCAGCUGGGGGAACCUAACUGACGAAAACUGGGAGCGAUUUUGUCAAAAUGAAACAAACUGGUAUGGUGGAGACGGGGAUUAUCCUCUUUGUGGAAAUUCGUCAGGAGCUGGACAAUGUGAACCUGGUUACAUAUGUUUGCAAGGCUAUGGUCCGAAUCCCAACUACGGCUACACGAGUUUUGACACAUUUGGAUGGGCUUUCUUGUCAGCUUUCAGACUUAUGACACAGGACUAUUGGGAAAACUUAUACCAGCUGGUGCUAAGAUCGGCAGGUUCAUGGCACGUUUUGUUCUUCGUUGUAAUUAUAUUCUUAGGUUCAUUCUAUCUUGUCAACUUGAUCUUGGCCAUUGUCGCCAUGUCGUACGACGAGUUGCAAAAGAAAGCCGAAGAAGAAGAACAAGCUGAAGAGGAAGCUCUUAGGGAAGCAGAACAGAAAGCAGCAGCGAGAGCUGACAAACAGGAGGCGCGGGAAGCUCACGCGCGGGAACAAGCGGCGGCGGCGGAGGCGGCGGCCUACGCCGAGGCGCACCCCGCCAAGUCCCCCAGCGACUCCUCCUGUCAGAGCUACGAGCUGUUUGUGAACCAGGAGCGUGGCAACCAGGACGACAAUACGCGCGAGCGCAUGUCCCUCCGUAGCGACCCCUUCCAGGACUCGGUGAGCACUCAGCCAACGCACAAGCCCACCGCCGCCGAAUCGCACCACGAACCGGCCCGCCGGCAAAGGAAAGUCAGCAUGGUUCCCCAUCCUGAACGCAUAAAUAAAUACGGACAGUUGUCAUAUGGGCCACUGCGCGAAGGCUCGCAGGCCUCAUUGUCACUCCCCGGAUCACCAUUCAAUUUACGUCGAGGUUCUCGAGGGUCGCAUCAAAUGGCUCUGAGGCCAAAUGGCAGAAAUCGAUAUCCACCGGGAGCUGAUCGCAAACCACUCGUGUUAUCUACGUAUUUGGAUGCUCAAGAACACUUACCAUAUGCGGAUGAUUCGAACGCUGUCACCCCAAUGUCAGAAGAAAACGGUGCUAUCAUAAUACCGGUCUACUACGCUAAUUUAGGUUCAAGGCAUUCGUCAUACACGUCACACCAGUCUCGGCUAUCCUACACAUCACAUGGAGACCUGCUGGGCGGCAAGGCACAAACCAAGGAAGCGAGGCUACGAGGACGAUCGGCGUCAAGAAACCACAGCGUGACCUCACAACCACAUGCAUAUCCGCUGCCGAGGCAAGAUUCAUCGCUCGUAUCGAGACCUCUUAGGGAAUAUGAUAUAAGCACAACGGAAUGUACAGAUGAAGCCGGCAAAGUGUUAAAGCAAUCCAACGACAAUCCCUUCAUUGAGUCGUCUCAGCAGCCCAACGUAGUCGAUAUGAGAGAUGUAAUGGUACUAAAUGAAAUCAUAGAGCAGGCUGGAAGGCAAAGCAGAGCAAGCGAUCAAAACGUGUCAGUGUACUACUUCCCAACAGCGGAAGACGAUGAGGAUGGGCCCACCUUCAAAGAGAGACUCCUCGAGUGUUUUAUGAAAGGAAUAGAUUUCUUCUGUGUGUGGGACUGCUGUUGGUUGUGGCUGGAGUUCCAGAAAUACGUGGCUUUGCUGGUGUUCGACCCAUUCGUCGAGUUGUUCAUCACCUUAUGUAUCGUGGUCAAUACGUUGUUUAUGGCGCUCGACCAUCACGAUAUGGACAAAGAUAUGGAGAGAGCACUCAAAAGCGGCAAUUAUUUUUUCACAGCGACAUUCGGUAUUGAAGCUAUGUUGAAAUUAAUAGCAAUGAGUCCCAAAUAUUACUUUCAAGAAGGUUGGAAUGUGUUUGAUUUCAUUAUUGUGGCCUUAUCGUUGUUGGAGUUGGGUCUGGAAGGUGUACAGGGUUUGUCAGUAUUACGUUCGUUUCGUUUGCUUCGAGUAUUCAAAUUGGCAAAGUCAUGGCCGACACUUAAUUUACUCAUCUCUAUAAUGGGUAGGACGAUGGGUGCCUUGGGCAACCUGACCUUCGUAUUGUGCAUCAUUAUUUUCAUAUUUGCCGUGAUGGGUAUGCAACUAUUCGGAAAAAAUUACGUGGAUUAUGUAGACCGGUUUCCUGAUGGCGACCUACCACGAUGGAACUUCACGGACUUUAUGCACAGUUUCAUGAUUGUCUUUCGAGUGCUUUGCGGAGAAUGGAUAGAGAGCAUGUGGGACUGUAUGCUAGUGGGAGACGUAUCCUGUAUCCCCUUUUUCUUGGCCACCGUAGUCAUUGGUAAUCUUGUGGUACUCAACCUCUUCUUGGCCCUGUUACUGUCAAAUUUUGGUUCGUCCAACUUAUCCUCGCCCACUGCAGAUCAAGACACUAACAAAAUAGCCGAAGCCUUCAAUAGAAUAUCAAGAUUUAUCGACUGGGUAAAAAGAAGCGCGGCAGACAUUUUGAAACUGGUUAAAAACAAACUUACGAACCAAAUAGCCAUACACGCUCCCGAACGGGUGGACAACGAUCUGGAACUAAGUGCAGACCUUGACGAUGGAGUCCUUUAUAAAGACAAGAAACUCAAAGAUCAAGUAGAAGUGGCAAUUGGCGACGGAAUGGAAUUUACGAUACCAGGUGACAAUAAAUAUAAGAAAGGAAAAAUAUUAAUGAACAAUAUAAAUGCAAUAACGGACAAUCAUACUGACAAUAGAAUUAAUUGCGAUCUCAACCAUCAUGGAUAUCCUAUUCAGGAUGAUGAUACAAUUAGUCAAAAAUCGUAUGGAAGCCAUAAAAUAAGAUCGUUUAAAGAUGAGAGUCAUAAAGGGUCAGCAGAUACGAUAGACGGUGAAGAAAAGAAAGAUGCCAGCAAAGAAGACUUAGGUUUAGAAGAAGAAAUGAUUCAAGAAGAUGUCGAUAACAUAGAUGGAAUACCUAAGAUAGAUAUAAAAGCGGUAGAAGGAGAUGUCAAUGGUGAAGAUACUCCAACAGACUGUUGCCCAGACCCUUGUUACCAACGUUUCCCGUUCCUGGCAGGUGAUGAUGAAUCACCUUUUUGGCAGGGCUGGGCAAUGUUACGUCUAAAAACUUUCAGACUUAUUGAAAAUACCUACUUUGAAACAGCUGUGAUAACAAUGAUCUUACUCAGUAGUUUGGCUUUGGCUUUAGAAGAUGUUCAUUUACCGCAUCGACCUAUCUUGCAAGAUAUCUUGUAUUACAUGGACCGUAUCUUUACUGUUAUAUUUUUCAUCGAGAUGUUGAUCAAGUGGCUGGCUCUUGGAUUUCGGAAAUACUUUACAAAUGCAUGGUGUUGGCUUGAUUUCAUCAUUGUUAUGGUCUCGCUUAUAAACUUCGUAGCGGCGCUCUGUGGUGCCGGUGGCAUUCAGGCGUUCAAAACGAUGCGCACGCUGCGGGCCCUUCGGCCGCUCAGAGCUAUGAGCCGCAUGCAGGGCAUGAGGGUGGUAGUGAAUGCUCUGGUGCAAGCGAUUCCAUCCAUCUUCAACGUGCUACUAGUGUGUCUGAUAUUCUGGCUUAUCUUUGCUAUUAUGGGUGUGCAACUCUUCGCUGGAAAAUAUUUUAAGUGUGUGGAUAUGAAUCAUACGACUCUUAGUCACGAAAUUAUACCAGACAGGAAUGCCUGUAUCUUAGAAAACUACACGUGGGAAAAUUCUCCGAUGAACUUUGAUCACGUCGGUAAAGCUUACUUAUGUCUCUUCCAAGUUGCAACUUUUAAAGGCUGGAUACAAAUAAUGAAUGAUGCGAUCGAUUCACGAGAGGUUGGGCGGCAACCUAUCCGAGAGACUAAUAUAUACAUGUAUUUAUAUUUUGUAUUUUUUAUAAUUUUUGGAUCCUUUUUCACUCUGAACCUGUUCAUCGGAGUGAUCAUCGAUAACUUUAACGAGCAAAAGAAAAAAGCUGGUGGCAGCCUUGAAAUGUUCAUGACUGAAGAUCAGAAAAAGUAUUAUAAUGCAAUGAAGAAAAUGGGUUCCAAGAAGCCCUUGAAAGCAAUACCGAGACCAAGGUGGCGACCGCAAGCAAUAGUAUUUGAAAUAGUGACGGAUAAGAAGUUCGAUAUGAUUAUAAUGUUGUUCAUUGGCUUCAACAUGUUGACAAUGACUUUGGAUCACUAUCAACAAUCAGAAACCUUCAGCCAAGUCCUGGACUAUCUUAACAUGAUAUUCAUAGUAAUAUUCAGUUCAGAGUGCCUAUUAAAAAUCUUUGCCUUACGGUAUCAUUAUUUUGUGGAACCGUGGAAUCUUUUCGACUUUGUGGUCGUCAUGUUUUCUAUUCUUAGUUUGGUAUUGAGUGAUAUUAUAGAAAAAUACUUCGUAUCACCAACUCUACUGAGAGUAGUGCGAGUCGCAAAAGUCGGUAGAGUACUCCGACUUGUAAAAGGAGCAAAGGGCAUUCGGACACUUUUAUUCGCUUUGGCUAUGUCACUGCCAGCUCUCUUCAAUAUUUGUCUAUUGUUGUUCCUUGUUAUGUUUAUAUUCGCAAUAUUUGGAAUGUCGUUUUUCAUGCAUGUCAAAGACAAAGGAGGACUCGACGAUGUCUACAAUUUCAAGACUUUCGUCCAGAGCAUGAUACUACUCUUUCAGAUGUCAACUUCUGCUGGAUGGGACGGUGUUUUAGACGGUAUAAUUAACGAAGAAGAAUGUGAUUUACCAGAUAACGAACGCGGAUAUCCCGGCAAUUGCGGCUCGGCGACCAUUGGCAUCACCUAUCUACUCUCCUACCUCGUUAUUUCCUUUCUCAUCGUUAUCAACAUGUAUAUUGCCGUUAUUCUCGAAAACUAUUCUCAGGCUACUGAAGACGUGCAAGAAGGCCUAACGGACGAUGACUACGACAUGUAUUACGAAAUAUGGCAGCGGUUCGACCCCGAAGGCACGCAGUACAUCAGAUAUGAUCAACUGUCAGACUUCCUGGACGUGCUAGAACCGCCCCUACAAAUUCACAAGCCCAACAAAUACAAAAUAAUAUCAAUGGACAUACCUAUCUGUCGCGGCGACAUGAUGUUCUGCGUGGACAUCUUGGACGCGCUGACGAAAGACUUCUUCGCGCGGAAGGGCAACCCCAUCGAGGAGCCGGUGGAGGUGGGGCGGCCCGACGAGGUCGGCUACGAGCCGGUGUCGUCCACGCUGUGGCGGCAGCGCGAGGAGUACUGCGCGCGGCUCAUCCAGCACGCGUGGCGGCGGCACCGGCGCGCCGUGUCGCCGGGCGGCGGCAGCGCGGACGCGGACGAGGGCGCGGGCGCGGGCGCGGACGCGGGCGCGGCCACGGCCGUGCUGCUGGACGCGGCGGCGGGCGGCGCGCACCGCGUGGUGCUGACGGCGGCGGGCGCGGCGCCGCGACCGCCCGAGCCGGCGCCGCCGCGCGCCCGUCUGACCCGCGCUGGCGCUCGCGCUGCUGCCCGCGCUCGUCGACGACACGCCGCUGCCGCUGCCCGCACCGCUGCCCGAGCUCUUGAGCCCACCCAAGCGCACUUAAUUAUUUUUUACGCUAGAUGUUUCGACGUAGUGUCGGCGGGCGAGCGACGCGACCUCUCGCGGACGAUAGCCUCGCGCGUGUGGAGACGUGAGCGUUCAUCGGAGUGUUUUAUAUUCGCGUGGCCGAAGCUUGCGAGACGAUUUGUUUUGCGACCGAUGUUCGCGUUUACCGAGUUUAUCUUUUUAGUGAAAUUACGUUAUCGCGUUGUUUCGUUCUGGUGGAUGAAUCGUGUAUCAGUCGGAGGAGAUCGUUUUAGCGAGCACGCCGUUUUUUUGUCAUUAGUGAUGUAAGAUAUCGGAUAAAAUUGAGAAAACAUGAAAUGCUUAUUUUUGUAUUCGACGAUUGACACUCUUCCUAUGUAAAUGUUCAAAAUCAGAUCGCUACGACGGUACGAGUACCUAAGAUUGUCUAAAUGUAAACCGGCUGUGAGACAUCAUUCGACUUCCCCCCAAUGGUGUCGAACAGUGGCCUACAGGCGCCGGAGAGACGCGGAGAGACGUUUUGUUCUGCUGACGCUGGCGUUGAGCGCCGCUUGUGCGGCGUCGAACGUGAUCCAGCAUUGUAGCAUAAUAUUUGUGUACCUUAACGAUAAUACGCUCAUAUGUCUACUUACUGCGUUUUAACGCCUUAAUAGCUUAAAAAAGCAAUGGCUACGCCGAUCAUAUCAAUUUUGUCCAUAAUAGUUUAUUGAUGAAUCCGAUUUUACACUUCUCUGUACCGGAACAGAGUCGCCAUUCGAGGUCGGUCUGCUCGGGUAAAGAAGUUUAGAGAAUUUUUUUGCAAUGUCUAUGUAAGCUUAGCAAUUCAGCAGUGAAAUUGUUACCAGAGUUCACUUCCGUCCUAAUUCAGUACGCAUCAUAGGAAUCGAGCCAUUUUACGUAAUGCGCACCUUCUCGUAGUUAAUGUAAUUGCCUUCCCCUGGAUUACAUUAGCUAUGGCUUCCUCCCGAUCGCUGCCAGCGGGCUGGCACCGCUUCGUUUAUACUCUUGCACGUCAUUCAACAAUGUCGAGUACAAUUCUGUAACGAAUGUCGCUGUAGGUGCAUGUCUAUUGUAUUGUACCUAUUCCCGAACGAGUACCGAUUGAGCAAUCCGAAAGACAUGAAAUUAGCAAUAAGAGAUAUUAUUAAAUAACUAAGAAAUCGAACGUCCCUUACCGAGUAAGGUAGAUAUUAUUGAAAUAUUUUUAUUUUUCGAUUGACAUCUCUCUAGAUAAUGGAACUAGCGCAAUUGUGAAGUCGAUCAGAGAGCGCGACAGUCGCGUCGGACGCAGUCUCCCGAGCGACAGACGCGCGGCGACUCGAUCGAUCUGAAUUGUGCUCCGUCAGUAUUGUUUUUUAUAGCACAAGAAAAUUUAUGAAUCAUUAAAUUUUGUAAAUUACCUUUGGAAGUGGUCAAUUUUCUACUUCUCUGUACAUAAUCAGAGCUAAUGGCCGGGUAUACCCAAAUCGCACGUCGCAAUGUCGUAUUGUAUCGAAACCUCCCUCAGCAACGUAAUAAGCUUGAAGCAAUAACGUUAACGUGUGCUCGAGUUUCGCUUUUUUAUUAUGGAAUCAUGUCACUGGAUAGUUGUGUGUUGGUUGUUUUAUCAAUUCGUUUUUAUAAAAUGUGUAAAUUUUUGGAAGUGCAAGACAAUCUAAUCGUUGCAAAAUUUUUAAAAGAGUCGGUGUAUUGUAAACUGAUCAGACGCUUAACGUUUUGCACAUAUUUUGCAAUAAUAAUUACGGUUGCAGGAAAUAAAUACGUAGAUACUUUUUUAAAGGUUUGACAGUGCGCGACGCAUGCGUCAGCGAUCUUCCCCGUCGCCGACGCACGCGUGCGCGCGCCGCACUCCUCGGUUCGUUCAGUUGACAGGUGACAACGCAGAUGACGCGACCGCGCCGCGACCACCCAUCGCGCCGCGGUCGUGUUCAGUUACGGGAACUUGACGCCAGGGGGCGGUUCAUUCAACACUUUAAACAUUGUCUUAAUAGUUUUCGGCUUCUGCAAAACAAGAGCCUGUCCACAAUAAACUUAGUAAUUGAUUUGUAAUGAGGAACCUACAUCUACCACUACCAGGUCUAAUAUCUAUAUAUUGUGAUAAAUUAUGUAAACAAUGUAUGACAUCAAUUAAAACUUUUUUAAUUAACAUUUCUAGUGCUAUAUAAAGUACAAAAAGCUCCCCACAUUUUGCUUGUCAAUACAGAGAUACGAGAACCAGGCUAAGUCUCAGACACUUUCGCAUGUGUGCAUGAACCGCGUCUUGACUUCCGAGAAUUAUGUUUUUGUUAUUACGGAAUAUAAAGUUAUUGUUUUGGUAUAACCAAAUAUUUUAUCUACUAUUAAGCAUAUUGGCACAAAAAAGUUGUGUUUAAUUAAGUUUAGACAAUAAGUUACUAUAUCAUUGUGUUAUUUCUUUGACUAAACUUAUGACAAAAAGUGAGUUCAGUUUGCUGAAUGAAUAGAGAUUUAAUUGAGUAUUUAUUAUAUAUAUUGUUGAAGUUUGUACAAAAUAAAUUAAGUAAACGAUAAAUAUAGAACUUGACUGCUUUAA